AUGACGAGAUCCAAGGUUGCGAGACGUUCACGGCCGUUUGGCUCCACGCCAGCCCCGGCAGGAGAGUACCAGACGAACAACAUUCUCAACCAAAGACCUGAGACGCGGUAUGAAGUGCUGGCUGCACGGGAAACUCUUGGCCAGGCUCCUUUGAAGUUGGAAGAGGGGCAGUCUUCCCACACCAACAACCCCCGAGACGCCGACGACAGCAAGCGACGAAAGGCAAUCGACACCAGACAUCCCGAGACGAUUCAAAGAAGCUCAAUGAAGCCCCUGAGUAUUGUUGCCUCAUCCGUUAACAACUCUAACCGGCAGUCUCAGCUGCCUGUCGCCAUGGACAACCCCGGUCCGUACGAGUCCAACGACGACAGAGCUGGUCAUCAAAGGCCCUUCACUUUCGGCCAGCUCAGAUACGAUAACCAUGACCGACUUGACUAUAGCGAUAAAGCUUACGUCGGCCCAGACCGCCCCGGAAAUGACAAGCCGGAUAUCCGUUUGCUGUCAGCGCCAAACGAAAGAAACCACACCGGCUCCUCUUCUCAUCGCCCGAGAAGUCGUUGCAGUGACAGAUUCAACACACACAGCAGCGACCACUUUGGCCAGCCGAAGUAUCCGAGGCAGACGCCGGAAAGCGAUGCGCCCCAAAGCUUCUUAGGAUUGGGCAGAAAUCCUAAUCAGGUGGAGGAGAUGCGCUCCUCGGAGUCGGCUGGAAAGCCAAACGACUCUCGUCUGCACGACAUCGACUACCGAAGAAGUGGACCGCCUUUCGAAGGCAAAGUGAAGAUGGGAAAGGAGGAGGCCGCACUACACGAGAUCACGACCAUGGAGUCAUUGGAAGGAGACCGCUUCCACGAAGACAACAUCUGCAACCAGUGCGGUCACUUUGGCCACUGGCUGGGCGACUGUGUCUUCCCGGACGACGAGGGCUUCAUCAUGGGCUGUCCCAUCCACAACGCAAAGAGCCACACCUGGGACGACUGUCCCGAUGCGAAAAAGAUGACUAUUGAGCGCAAGAUCAUGUACUUCAUUGUUAGACGAAGGAACAAGCCGGCAAUCCGAUCGACGCAGCCCUGGAUCGCACUCGUUAAGCUAGCGUUGCAACAGCGCUUGGAGGACCACUGCUGGGGGCCUUCGGUGUGGACGCAGGAGUUCGUCAUGAAGAUGGUCUGGGGGCCAAAAGCUGGUCACCCAUGGCUCAACUUCGUUUACGGCCGGCAACUCAUAUCCAGCCUGCCCAAAGACCCGGAGACCAUGGAAGACCCCGGAAUCUUGGUCGAGAAGCGCUUGUUGUGGGGACAGGUUCACAAGCCCAACUUAAAGGGAGGAGGGUUUAGCUACGGUCGUACCUACCUAGGUAAUAACGGUGACAGAAAGCUGUGGCCGCCCGAGACCUCCGAACCCCUUGUGCCCCCCUCCGUCUCCCUUGUCCCAGAGGUACCUUUUCCUCCCAUCAUAUACUUACUUGCGUCAACCUCCCACCUUGACCGUCUUCACCGCGUACGUCAACAGCACACACGCCGCGCCGCUGCCGCUAACUCUCCCUGCUGUGACGACCGCCGAGAGAUUCUGCAAGCAAUAGAUGCCGGCGUCAUGAAUGGCCCACGAGCGGGGAGGCGAUCGCAGUCUCCUCUGUUCCUAGUUCUCGUUGUUGCUCUCCUCUUUUUCGCCGUGACCGUCGAGGCGUCCUACGGUGACCGGUUGCCAGAGUUCCGAGAAUGCGUUCAAGUCUGUCACGAUGAGAAUUGCGCCCCAGGCAAGGAGGCCACGCCAAUCCGUACGCCUCCCAAUCCUUCCCUUGUUCGCUGGUCGCACACGGGGGCUAAGAAGCUAACACAUAUCCGCAACCGCAGCCCUCCACCGCCGUCUACUGUUCUGCGCAUCGCCGCUGGCGAGCGCGUGGUCCAGUUCCACGGCAAAUGGCCCUUCUACCGCUUCCUUGGCAUCCAGGAGCCCUUCAGCACACUCUUCAGCCUGGGCAACCUCUGGGCCCACCACGACGGCUGGCGCAAGCUCCGCGCCGUCCUCCCGGCCUCCUACCCGCUUCGCCCCUGGUAUGAAUGGCUCGCCGGCGUGGGCAUCGCCUCGUGGACCUUCAGCGCCAUCUUCCACACCCGCGACUUCGUCGCCACGGAGCAGCUCGACUACUUCGCCGCCGGCGCGAGCGUGCUGUACGGGCUAUACUACACCGUCGUGCGCAUCAUGCGCCUCGACCGCCCCACGCCGCGCCGGAGGUCGGUCUUGCGCGCGUGGACUCUCCUAUGCGUGCUGCUGUACGCCGGGCACGUUGCCUAUCUCAAGGGCGUACGCUGGGAUUACACGUAUAACAUGACGGCCAACGUCAUUGUUGGUAUGAUCCAGAACGUCCUCUGGCUGUGGUUCAGUUUCAGGAAGUACAGGCAGUCGCGUAGGGGAUGGGCCAUCUGGCCGAGUAUCGUCGUCGCCAGUGUUAUCACGGUCAUGAGUCUGGAGCUCUUCGACUUCCCGCCAUUAUGGGGUGCCCUGGAUGCGCACAGUCUGUGGCAUCUGGGCACGAUUCCGCCCACGAUACUGAUGUACAGGUUCAUCGUUAAGGAUGCGCAGGAUGACAUGGCUGGAAGCGAGCGGCUCAAGUCUUGA